UCAGUGACUCCCAUUCGACAGCGCGUGCUGCUCCGGGUUGGCCCUCUUUUCCGUGUGAGCGCCUGAGAGACCGGUGGGUGGGUGGUACAAACGGGAGUCUACCGUCGCUCCGUCUGUAGAUUAACUUUGAGAAAAGGACCGUCCUUUCGCCUCCGUGCGCGCGGAUUUACAAAACGCCUGCUUGGGCUGUUCUGCUUAAGGAUCUACCGAAGACGUAUCAAGGCUGGAUUUUCGUAGCUACGCCUCACCAUCGGAACCACAUCCACAGUCACUGUCACGCUGUCUCUCGAUUGGCACGUGUCGUCUGCGUCCUGAGCUCCUUGACACCGGCUAGAAUCAACACCUCGCUCACAACCUCCACGAACGCGCGUGAUGGAAACCGCCGGCAUUCUGCUGCUACUGUUACCACUCACAGUCGCGACCUCAGUGCCCCAGGUGAUCUGUGAGCCCGGGGACGUCCAGUACGGCCAUAACGAGUGGAUCAGCGUGGUCCCGGGCAUGUCCCCAGGGUGCUGGACACACUACACCAACGAGGGGGCAGAGGUGCACGUCCUGAACCUCAGAUUCAACCCCAACACCGACAGCAAUUCAAACUUUUUACUGCUGAACCUGACGGCGGCCAAGCCGGGUCAUGUGAUCGUCAGCAGCGACGCCGAAGUGCCCUUUCACAUGACGCCCCCCGAAAACGAUAACGUCAAGGUUUUGAUGAAGAGGAACCUCAGCAGCCCCUCUCUGUUUAAGACGGUGACCCCAGUGGACAUGCCCUCCGACAGCGGGGACCUCCUGAGGUGGGCCACCGAGAAGUUCGGGGGCGUCACCUCCUUCACCACCAUCCAGGACCCGGUGGUGAUCGCCUUCACCGGAAAGCGAGCAAAAGGCAAUGGUUCGUCCAACUGCACGCUGGAAAACGACUUUUCCCCAGAAGACUACGUGUUGGAGUUUACGCCCGGGAGUCGACCGCAACUGAAAUCCUGCUCCACCAGCUUCCUGCCGUCCGACAAGGAACUGCACAUCAUCAACAUCCCAGACGGAGCCGAAACCAGGCACGUCACCAUUCACCCGGAGUCGAAGAAGGGGAUGGACCUGUUCCUGAGGGGCCCGAACGGUACCACGUGGUCCAUAACCGGAGCGUUCCACAUCCGGUUUGUGUCAAACAACCGCGUACUGAUGGGCGAGAGUGAGAUCCCUCCUCUCGUCAGCAACCUCGCGGACAGUGCCGGCGACGUCCAGCGGAAGGCGCUGCUCCGGUUCAGCUCCAGCUUCAUCACCAGCUACUCGGAGGUCAGCUCCCACGGGCCCGCCAUUACCAUGACGGUUGGGAGCGCCAGCUCAGCUAAAGAGCCGAGGACGUCCCCGGCCCCGCUAGAAGAGAUGACCUCCGCCCCGCACUCCGACCCGUACCUGCGCAUGCAGCUGUACACCUCCGCCGAUUUCACGGACCCCCUGGACCCCGCCAGCAAGGUGCAGAGUAACAGGAGGAUCUACGCAGAGAUUUCGAGCAAGACGUUUGGGGGCACCGAGCUGAGCACGCGGGUGAGGAACUGCUCGGUGCGCUCCAAGGGGCCGUGCCCGCGGGCGCAGGACAUGCCCUUCCAGACGGUGCACUGCCCCUGCGCCGUCUGCCCCAGCAGCACCUGCCUCAGCUUCAGCUUCCAGCACCUCCAGGACCUCGCCGCCGCCAGCUGGGACCUGGAGUGCGCCGUCAAGCUCUGCUUCAACCAGACCUGUGGAGAUGGAGGGAGGGUCAGGCGCAGCAUGGAAGUGGUCCCCAUUUCGGCUCCAGGGAAGUGCGUCAGCUUCGGCCUUCCGGCCAUCCUGGGCGUGGCAUUUGGCGGCUUUCUGAUUGGGGUGCUUCUCAUCGGCGCCCUGUGGCUCAUCAAGAUUCGAACAGGGAUCGGAUCCGGACUGGAUUUGGGGUCAACUGCAGUGCAUCUCACAGGGUGUCCCUGCACCGAGACCAAGCGUCAGGGUGUCCCCGGCAACCCGUCGCCGUCUGAGAACAGCAGCGCCAACGGCAGCAUCGGCAGCACCCAGAGCACGCCCACCAGCAGCGUGGCAUAGGCCUGCCGUCCUCCCGCGAACGCGACCAAGAGCUCAACAUCCUGGACCGUUUCACUGCAUCUCAAACACGACCAAACGUUCAACCGUUUCACUGCAUCUCAAACACAACCGAGCACUUAACAUGUCGGACAAUUUCACUGCAUCUCAAACACGACCAAACGUUCAACCGUUUCACUGUAUCUCAAACACGACCAAACGUUCAACCGUUUCACUGUAUCUCAUACACAACCAAGUGCUCAACAUCCUGGACCGUUUUACUGCAUCUCAAACACAACCGAGCGCUCAACAUGCCGGAUCAUCUCACUCCAUCACACACAGAGCCUAGUGUGCCUGACCGUGCCACUUCAUCUCAAACACAACCACACUCCGUUUGCCAGACUGUCUCAUCCUCUCACAGACACAACCAAACGCUUUGGUCGGAAAAUGGCGAGCAUCGUUAGGCUGAAUGGCCUGUUCUUGUCACUGUGAUACAUUAGGACACGCUAUGUAACACGCCGGAAUGUUUCACUUUAUCACAAACACAAUCGACCUCUAAACACGCCGGACACAGUUUCAGCUGCCCACACGCACGACCAAACGCUCGAUUAGCCAGACCAUUUCACUCCCUCACAAACGCAAGCAAACCGUCAACAUGCUUGACUGUUUCGCUUCAUCACAAACAUAACCAAACUCGCAAUAUGCCAGACCGUAGCGUAUACUUGGGGGGGGGGUUAGGUUCAGGAGAGGGGUGGGGAAGCAGGGGGUGUAGUUCCAUCCUAGCCUCUUUACGCUGGCCUCCCUGGCCCCUCUCAGUGAAGUAUGGGGUUGGGAAGUCGGUGGAAAAUCUCUUAGCCAGAGGAAAAACAAAGCAUAUCCCCAUAGAACUAACAGGAAAUUCGCUGCAUUCUUUUCAGUAAACCGUGCCGCCCGCCGGCCGCACAAUAAGAGUCCCAGAAAAGGGGCAGACGAACAGGGGCUUUAUUUAACUUUAUUGGCGACGCCAGUUUUCCGCUUGUUUUUCCGCCAGUGACGCGAUCUGAAACCUUAUCUCUUAACGACUUCGAGCGAAACCCAUAGACAGACAGACCGUAGAUAGACAGAACAUAGACAGACAGACAGACCGUAGACAGACAGGAUAUCGGUUCUGUGAGUUAGCGGGAAGAUGCAUUGGUAGCGUCAGGUUUCUUCGGCACAGAACAUAAUCAUAUUGCGCUAACUAGGCUGAUGUGGGAAACAUCCGUAGUGGUGCGACAUUUUAAAAAAGAAUUUUAACAUAGGGGUUUCUGUCUUGUCGGAUUUAGGAAGGCAUUGGAAAUGGCUACCUCUUAAUUUAUGCACAACUCUUAUUGUGAAAUACACACUUGAUGCUAGGUUGAUCUUGUCAACCAAUCAGAUUACUCAUACUCUUAUUUUAUCAGUUCCAGUCCUAACUUGCUUUGUCAACCACAGCGCGAAAGCAAAUAGCGUCAAACAAUUACAACUAAAGGUGUAAAAAUCCAAAGAUAUUAAUCUUUGAAAAAAAGUUUCUGUCUUUUACAUCUUUAAAAGUGAUAAAACACAAAGAUGAACAAAUCCAAAAUCAGAUUUUAGAAGCAUACAGAUUAUACAUGUUUGGAAAAUGUUCUAUAUUUAAGUGAUCAAACAUGAGUCAAGCCCAAGCACAGAAAUUUAUUAGGGUUAAGAGGACAGUCUGAAUUGGAGGUAAGCGGUCAAACCGUUUGAGUGCCCAUGUACAGAGAGUGUUUUUGAUAUCUCCGCUUUUUUGUCCUCUGUAAAAAAUAAGUCAAUAAAAAAGAUUUCACACAGCAAACCUCAAGGCUUUCCCAAAAUUAAAAAAACUUUUAAUAUCUGUUUCUUAAUAAUUAAUUAAUAUUAGGAUCUGUAUAUACCAGCAACGAAGCCAAUUAUAAACUUGGAAUUAUUUAUUUUCGCUUUAUGUAAAUAGUUGGCUUUUGAUUGGUCUGUAUUUGAUGACAGAGCUCACGUGGGCGGGCCUCGAUACGCAAAGACAUGCCCAGACAAGGAAAUUUGACCUUUUUUGAGUGACAGAUAUUAUUUUCUACAUAAAAGGGAAAUAACACAAAGAAUCCACAUAAUUAUCUGCUUUCUUUUCUAAGCCAAGUAAUGUAGUGUUUUAUGUAAAAUAUUUAGCCAAUCUAAAACGAUGUAGCCAAUUGAAUUGUUUAUGUGCCACUAUUCAAUAUAUCUUUAUUUUGGGUGAAGAUAAUUUUUGCAUGUGUGAAUCUGCGUGUGCGUUUGCAAGUGUGUGUGUGUGUGUGUGUGUGUGUGUGUGUGCGUGUGCUUGUGUGUGUGCGUGUAUGUGCGCGCGUUUAUACCAGCAAGAUGAGCAAGAGAGAAAAAAACAGGAAGAAUGUCACUUGAGUAUUGUGCAAUAUUGUGAAGUAUAGGCGUAUAUGUUAAGUGUCCGUAUACUUUUUGUAGAGAAUGAAAUACUCAUUACCUCCUACGUCUAUCAUUCAUACUGCAUACAUUUUCUUUAACAACUUUUGGGUAUCAUAAUACCUUAGAAACCGAUUGAGGCCAGCUCUCGUAAUUGGACAUUAUUUAAACUGCGUGACAUCAUAAACGGUUGAGACAUUCACACUAUCUGAUUAAGCAGAUAAUUAUCUGCUGUCCUCUGGCAAACCGCAAGUCAGAUGUCCGUAAUAAGCAAAGGCCAAAAUCCCGAAUUAAAGGCUACCCAGGAAUCGCUGUUACCGUCCCGUUCGGCCUUUCGUUGCCACGGUGACGGCCGUAUGAGCGACAUUUCCCCAAGGAGAAGAGAUCGUUCGAAACUAUUCACUGUGAGCAAGCCUUCCCAUUCUUUGCAACCUCCCAUCAGACUCCAGAUUAGUAGGACCUUAGGAAAAUGUGAUAUAUUCAUAUAUGGCAAAAUAUGAAAUUCUAAAAUGCUAAAUAUAUCAGUUAUUGACGCAUAAUAUAAUACCUUUUUAUGCCCUUAUCACGUAGUUAGUUUCAUGACAUACUGGCUGCAAAGAUACUAAACUCUGUAAAUUGUAUAAAUACAGAUCAAUGAGUAAGCAUGGCAAUACCCAUUGUAGAACGCUGCAAAUAUUUUUUCUUACAUGUAUGGUUUUCUCGGUUUUGCACAUGGCGAGACAGCAUGGACCGGCCUCCCGCCCACACGUUCCCUCUCACGCAUUCUACAACGUUCGCCUUUCCACUUUCCAUCCGCAGAACUUACAGUUCCGUGGUCGUAACGGUGGGGACAGAAAGUAGCCUCGGGCGACCGGCGUUCCGUGACAGGUCGGGCGCAGAGCGCAGAUAAGACGCGGGGAGAAUCAGACGGGCUGUCAGUCAGUGCGCGCGCUACUCCCGUCAACAUUCUCUUCCUCUGGGAUGCAGAGAUACGCCACAGACAACGCCGAUGUGCUCGCUUUCUCGUUCCCACGGAGAUUGGGCUAUCGCAAGGAAGGACGGUUGGCGGGGGUUAUCGGGGUAGUCACUGAAGACCCUUCAGGAAGGCAUCCUCUGACUAUUCACGGCUGAUAUAACCAGUCCAGGAAUAAUAAAGGGUUGACUCCCUCAAACCCCAGGGCUCAGCGUGACCCCCGUCCGCCCCUGUCAGACUCUCUAAAAAGUAAUGAAACAUAAUGGUAGGCUCUAAUAGGAGAUUGCAUCUAUUAUUUAUGAAUUACGUUUUAGUGCCCUUUCCUCCCAUCUAGUGGUAAAGAAAAGUUACUGCAGUUACCUUGAGGGACAAAAUUUAAAAAGUAAAAUCAGAUUAAGAUUUCUAGAUUUUUAGAAAUACAUACUUCACUAUUUUGAUAAAAGUAAUUGUACAUUUGUAUUUUUAUUGUAUUAUUAUAAUCAGUGAAAAAAGCUUUUUUGUUAUAUAGGCUACAUAUUUUGCCAUAUUAAAUGUAUCAUUGUUACAUUUGGUUCAUGUAAUGCUUUUUAUUAUGAGGAAAUACAAAUUGGUCUUAUGAAUAUCCUUUCUGGGGUAAUAACAGUGACAUUAUCCAUACGUUUGGACAAUACAGGUGUGUUAUAGGCAUUAGGGAUCAUGGCUUGCUACAUGCCUGUACACUCUCAAAAAGGAUGCGUUAAUAUCCAACACACUUUUUGUGUUACUACCAACACAUUUUGUGUCAAGGUUUCUAAUCUUGAGUUACAAAUAUACAAUUUAUGUGUUACUAAGGGAGAUUUUGUAACACGGACUGUGCUGGAAGUAACACAAAAUGUGUUGUCCUUGACUAGACAUUGAGGUGUGUUAAAAAAGAGACAUUUUAUGUGUUGUUAAACACAUCUGUUUCGAGGGUGUAGGUUGCACCAAUACUCCUUGGGUGCGGCAGUGGUGUUGAACUCUCGAUGCUUAAGCUACUUAACCUGCAUCGUUACAGAAAGUACCCAGCCUUAUCAAUGGAUGUAUUUUACACAUAAUUGUGGAUAUUUAAAAUAUUGGCCACGUGGGAUACACGCAGGAAUGCGUCACAUACCCCAGAUACGAGUGUGAGCAGGGUAGAUGAAUAUUGCAUUGUCAUCUUGGAGAGAUGGAAUCAGAAGCAUUUUCUCAGCGUUUACAGUACGUCACACCGCAGGCAUUCAAUCCUCUAGUCCAGAGCGAUUUAUUCAUCUUACAUUCUUCACCUACAAAUCCAUUUAUGCAACCGGGUAUUUCACAGAACCAAUUCGGGUUCAGUAGUUUGCUCCAGGGCACACUGGCAGGGAGUCAAGCCCACGACCUUGGAGUUGCAAACCCAGAUCCGUAACCAAUACGACACACUGCGGCCCCCAAACAACGCCCGAACAUCUCUCCGGUUUUAUCCGAGUCAAAUCUCUUACCAUUCCAUCAGCUACUCAACUCUCUCGACCGCCAGCGUACACUCAACCCGCCAAAAAAUUAGUUUCUGCUUUAUCUUUUAUUUGAAGGGAAAACAGAGAUAUAAUGACGUUUUUUUGUUUUUUUCCAUUGUCGUAAUAGAAUGGGGGGACCUUGCAGAAACAUGGCUGUGUGCGUGCCGUUUCGAAGCUUAUGUAACCGCACGUGUUUGUGCAGGUGGCAGGCGCGAGUCAAGGAUGUCACCCCUUUAAAAUUGCGAGAAGGGCUCGAGCCCAGCGGCUCUGCAGAAAUAGAAAAGCUGUUAUCUGGAAUUCUGCAAGAAUGCAAGUCUCUCUGUUGUCAUUUACUGUUCGUGCUGAGUCUCAUGUUUUGCUGAUUUGUCUCUUUUGAAGGCGUUCAUAAUUCAUGGCGACCCGAUGCUGUGUAAUUUUAAAAGAUUUUUCUCAGAUAUAUACUGUAUGUUGUAUUGUAUAUCAACACAUUUUCAAUAAAAAUAUUUAAAAGUA